CUUGCUUCAUCUGUACAUAUAUUGCUGCGGCUGCUUUUUUUGCCGUUCUUCUUGUUCAAGUCAGCUUCCUAUAUUACCUUGUCGUCCUUCUUAUCUUUUCCCUCUUCCUUUUUUUCCUUUCUUUUUUUCUUUCUUCCGCCACCAUCGGUCGCCGUCGCAGACCUCGACACCAGCAGUCCAGGUUCUCCAAACCUGGUCGGCCACGUCGCAAUAUGGGGAACGAAUCUUCGACCAUGGUCGAUGCGAAGACCCCACCGACCGUGUUGGAGGCGCGGACGGUGGAGGCGCUGGCCAAGUACGUCAAAGAGAAAGGUGUGCGCCGUGUGGUAGUCAUGGUCGGCGCUGGUAUCAGCACCUCGGCAGGCAUUCCGGAUUUCCGAUCCCCAGACACCGGUAUCUACGCCAACUUAGCCCAUCUGGAUCUGCCCGAUCCUGAAGCCGUCUUCGAUAUCAGCUUCUUCCGCCAAAACCCCCGGCCCUUCUACGCCCUGGCGCGGGAGCUUGCCCCCGGCAAAUACCGCCCCACCGUGGCCCAUGCGUUCAUCCGGCUCCUUUACGACAAGGGCAUCCUGCUAAAGCACUUCUCGCAGAACAUUGAUUGUCUAGAGCGCUUGGCGGGGGUACCCGGGGAGGUGAUCGUGGAGGCGCACGGGAGCUUCGCCACCCAGCACUGCAUCGAAUGCAAGGCCGAAUACCCGGAGGAUCGCAUGCAGGAGGCUAUCGCCCAGGGAAGCGUGCCCACCUGUUUGCGGUGCAACGGCCUGGUGAAACCGGACAUCGUCUUCUUCGGCGAGGCCCUGCCGGGGGACUUUUUCGACAACCGCUCUCUCCCUGAAGAGGCCGAUCUGUGUAUUGUCAUGGGCACCAGCCUUCAGGUCCAGCCUUUUGCCAGUCUGCCGUCCUUCGUGUCCGACGGGGUCCCGCGCGUGCUUAUCAACAUGGAAAGGGUGGGGGGAUUGGGGUCGCGGCCGGAUGAUGUGCUGAUCCUGGGAGACUGCGACGCCGGUGUACGCCGCCUGGCGAGCGCCCUCGGCUGGGAGUCUGAAUUAGAGCAGGUGUGGGAAUCGACCAACCCCAACCAGAAAUCUCGCGACGCGGAGAUGGCACCCCCCGCGACCCGCGACGAACGGCUGCGCGACGAAGUCGACCAUCUAACGGAGGAGGUGGACCGGACUCUAGGGAUUUCCGGUGCGUACGAGCAACGGGUGCGGCAGCAUCUCGACCGUCAACAGUUGAACGAGGACCGACGGGAGAAGCGGGUAGCGGAGGACGAGGAGGAUACCGGAGUGGGGGGACUGGCGCAUGUGUUUCCCCACCUGGCGCGGGGACGGAAUAAAAAGCUCUCAGUGAUAUGAACCAAACGAUCCAACCAUCAUCGGACACGGGCUGCAGGGAGGCGUUUGGCGGUAUGAAGAUGUUGCUGGCAUUAUUGAUUGAUUUUGACGACACGACUUGGCUGGAUAUAAUUAUUGUGUUUCUUUUGUAAUUCUUCUUCUCUUUCUUGACUCUGUUGUCUUCCUAUUGUUUGUUUCUACUGUAUAGAUGGAUUGGUCAUGCGAUGGAUAUACCUAAAAGAUAUGAAAGGAUGGAGUUUUCAAGGCAAAGAUGACUUAGGGCUGCAGUCAGGCAUCCACACAGCGAGCUAUAUUAG